AUGCUGCGCUCUUCGCGGACGCUUGUCCGGGGCGGGGCCGUGGUGCUCGGCGGCUUGGGCUGGCGGCAAACUAUGUGCGCGCCCGAGCCGGCUGAAGCCACGCCUUCGAAGACUCCGGAGACCAGCUUCUAUCAGAAGUUGAUGGCCUCUGCCGGCCUUGCAGCGUGGGUUGCCGCGACGUUUACGGACGCACCCCAUGCCAAUGAUAUCUCGAAAUCCAUGGUCCGCACGCCGAAAGACUAUGGCAUGGCGUACGAGGAGGUGUCUUUCCCGGCGACCGACGGCUGCCAGAUCGCCGCGUGGUACAUUCCCGCAAAGGAAAAGGGGUCGAAGAAGGUCGCAGUCGUCUCGCACCAGUCAUGGUCAUACGCGAACAAGUCGGGCAUGGUCGAACUCCGCAUGCCAGUGCUGCCCGGGCUACCCGGCACGAUGAAGCAAGAGGCAAUCGACUAUGUCAAGCUGCACAAGGUGCUGCACGAUGACGGGUUUCAUGUGCUCGCCUUCGACAUGCGCAACCACGGCGACUCGGAGCGCCGCCUGCCUUCUGGCUGGGGGGUCGUCGAGUACAUGGACGCCGCCGGCGCCCUGGACUACGUCAACGCGCAUCCUGUGCUGAGUCGCUGCAAGGUGGCGCUCUUCCCAUUCUGCGUGGCGGGGCAGGCGAUGCUCAAGGCGAACGCACUGCACCCUGAAAAGUUCAAGAACGUCGUCGCCAUGGUCGCGACAAACCUGUUCACGCUGAAGAAUAUGUACCUCGAGAACCCGGCCUUCCACACCUUCUUCAUGAGCGGCGGCGGGAGCUUCCAGUACAUCAACGAGGAGACAUUGGACAGCGCGCUGCGCGCAAAGCACGCGCAGUACAUCGCCGCAGGCACGAUUCAGGAGGACCCGAACAUCGACCUGUGCGUCAAGCAGUUGUGCGCGACGACGUACGCUUCGAAGGUCAAGGUCCCGGUCCUGUAUUGCACCCCCCUUGAGGACUUCGUGCCCAACCAGCGCGUCGACGCACCCGAGAUCCUCAAGUCAUUCCCGAACUGCGAAUUCCACGCCAUCGGGACCAGCGCGCCCCCGCCCUUCAGGACCUCCACGAACAAUCGGUCGCAGGGCUACAACUACUUCCAGAACGAGGGAUCGGAGGUCAUGCUCGACUUCCUCCACCGGAACGGGCUGUGA